AUGUUCGGCGGCGAGGCGCUUACCGGCUGCUCACUGCGACUCGGGCACUCGCCGUCGUCGCAACGCAACGCGCAUCACUCCACGCCGGCCGCUCGCGCACGAUCAGCUGUCCGCCACAAUACGCCGAGACCGGCCGCGACGCGAGCUGUCAAUAAGCCGCAGUGCGGUGUAACAUGGAGCUGCUGUGCGCGGAGCGCGUGAGCCCCGAGAGCGGAGACAGCGUGCGGCCGCCAGCAGGCCGCGCGCACCGGGCCGCCGCGCCCGACCCGGUGCUGCUGCGGCGCCGCGUGCUCGACAACCUGCUGCGGACCGAGGAGCGCUACGCCGUCACCGCCAACUACUUUGGCACCGUGCAGGCCGAGGUCACGCCGCACAUGCGCCGCCUCGUCGCCGAGUGGAUGCUAGAGGUAUGUGAAGACCAGGGGUGUCAGGAGGAAGUGUUUCCUCUCGCCAUAUCGUAUCUGGAUCGGUUCCUGAGCACUUGUGCGGUCAGCAAGAGUCAAGUGCAGCUGUUGGGCACGGCGUGCCUGCUGCUGGCGUCCAAGCUGCGCGAGCCCGGCUCCCGCGCGCUGCCCGCCGAGCUGCUGGUCUUCUACACCGCCAACAGCAUCACACUCACCGACCUAUGCAGCUGGGAGCUGCUGGUGCUGUCGAAGCUAAAGUGGGACGUGGCGGGAGUGACAGCGCACGACUUCCUACCGCUGCUGUUGUCGCGGCUGCCGCUGCGGGGUCUCGUCAACACGGAGAUGGUGCACAGACACGCGCAGACCUUCAUCUCGCUCGCCGCCAGAGACUACGAGUUCACGUUGUACUCGGCGAGCACGCUGGCGUCGUGCAGCAUCGCGGCGGCACUGCGCGGCCUCGGCCUCGACGGCCAUCUGGCGCGCCUGCACGAACUCACGCGCAUCGAUUUGGACUGCCUCCAGACAUGCCUUGAGCAGAUCGAGGAGAUGGUGCAGACCAUGAUAGAGGAGCGCAGCACUGUCCCAAACGGACAGCCGCGCGAGGCAGCGGGCUGGACGCCGCCGCCGACGCAGGACAAGGCGCACAGUAACGCCGCCACGCCCACCGACGUCCGCGACGUACACUUCUGAACCUCGGCCUCCGGAGACCAUUGCUUUAAUUACGGUGCACCAGUACGGAAAUACUUUAAACUAACAUGUUCAAGAUGCCCGUGAUCAAGGACUGAACCCAAGACUGACAAUCAUAUGUCUCUAACGUAGGUAAUUUUGUACGUAUCUUACUAAUCGCAACUUGCGCAUACAUAAUAAAAUAAGUGUAAGCCCUGCGUGCUACUUGUAAUUUGCCUCUAGUCUGUGCGUUCACUAAAACUGUUUUGCAUUGAACGAGUUUACUUUAGAUAAAACUUUCAGUUCUAGUUUUUACGGUUCUUGAAAUUACAAUCUACCUCUUAAUAAUUUAAGCUUCAAUUUCACCUGCCGAGUGCGCUCUAAUAAACUGUAAUAGUUUGCCAAUAAAAUAGCUGUUACAAAUAGUCAUUACCUUGUUACAUGUUCGUAUGGGACCAAAGUUAGCUUCACAUUUUUUUCUUUUUUUAUAACAGGAACUGACUCAAUCCUUCAGUUAAUUUGUAAUUAUUAUAUAGUACUUUUAUGCAAGUAUAUAACUUUUGUCAGUAAGAUUUUAAUCAGCUGAUGCAAUCACUGAUGGUAAAAGUAAGCCAAGGUACAAUACCUUUAACUUUUACUAAAUUCCAUCAAUCGUUUAGAAGUUCAAAUUAUUAUUUUUUUACAUUUUGGUUUGCGAAAUUCAAGCUGGGAUAACUGAAUGACAUCAGAUUUGUGUUAUUGUAUCGGGGGAAGGCAAUAAAUUACGCUUGUGUAUUGUAAAAACUAAUAUUACGUACAUUUACACAUAUAAUAUUUAUGAAACACUACGGAGUCAGAACUAUGUAUAAAAUUAGCCGAGCAUCUGCAAAUAAUAUUUACAUGAUAAAUAAAAUAGGUAAUAAUGUAGGCAAGGGGCUGUAUAUUUUUUGUUUUGGUAUUGCACUUUUAAACUUAUGUAAGUAAGCAAAUUGAUUUAUUACCUUUGUUCCUUACAUAUUAGUUUAUAAAAUAUUGUGAUAAGUGUUAUAAAUUUUAAUUUAAUUUCGUAUCAUAGUCACUUCCAGUCAUAAUAUGUUAACUUAGAAGUACUAUGCGAGACCAUUUCGGAUUAUUGCUAAACAAAAAUCAAAAAACAAUGUGAUCCAUGCUUAAGAUGUUUAGGUUAGCACUUAGUUAUAAAAUCACGCGAUCGUUCCUAUGUUUGAACCAUCUGAACUAACAUACAUGCAAUAGUCAUCAAGUUCCACUAUUUGUACUUAAUAUUUCGACUAGACUAAUUCAUUAUCGAAGCGCUCGUAACUUUAAUUAAAAAUUGUGAUAUAAUAUCUUCAUAUUUAGUUAUAUAGUUUAUGUUAAUUAUAAUUUAAGUACGGGUGACGUAGGCAGACAAAGUGAGUGUUGUUUAAAAUUUGAAUAAGUUUAUAUAAUUUUUAGAUGUAAGUUGGAUAUCCGCACUCUGAUAAAGUAACGUGCACGUUUAGUUUUGAAUAGUUAUAUAUAAAGUGAACAAGAAAUCACUCCAAUGUCUUCCAUGAGUCUGUGAGAGCCGGCAGAACGUUGUGCUGUCUCCUCACAUGUUUAGUAAGGUAUUGCGUUUAUAUUUUUAUAGUUUGUACUUCUUGUUAUAUCACAUACGCCUGAUUGUUCGUACAGAGUAUAAGUUUAACUAUUUAGGAUCUGGUGUUGAUGUACAUAUUUUAGAUUAACUGUAAAUAGUAUAUUAGAUAUGCUGUAAGCAUGUGGUGCCAUAAGUUACACUACUAAACGAGUAUUUUAAAGAACCCUAUACAUAUACAUUGAUUUAGUAUCUCAGAGACUUGAUACAAUACCUACAGAUGUUUAAAUAACUACAUUCGAUAAGCGAUACCCUUCAAUGCAAGAUUAUAUAUAUUUGCACAAAUUUGGUUGUGGAGUAAAAACAUACCUAAUGUUUAGGUAACUCAAUAGUAAAUACACUGUCAGACAUGAACAUACUGCCUAAUAGAAAUAUAUGUUUAAUAUAUUAGCUUGUAUAUAAAAUUAUGUGGGAAAACAUACGCAUUACGAAGUUAGUCUUAUUAAAUGCUAUUUGGCUUUUGGACUGGCUUUUUCGAAAUAGAAUAAGAAAUUUAGUAUGUUUAUAUGAAGUUAGAUUUAUAAAAUGUUAAGGAAAAUUGUAUUUUCCAAUGACGCGAUUUAUAAUAUAACAAAGGAAAAAAUGCUUUAGAGCUACUUAGCUCAAAUAGAGGUGAGCUUUGAGCAAUUUAUAUGAAUGAUUAUACUUUAAUAAUAACAUAAGGACCAAAAUUCUAAAAGUAAUUAUGACAAAAACAUUUUCAUUACUUUGAUUUUAUAUUGUGAUUUAUUAUUUUUAAGUGACAUAUUGGAUUAUAAUAGAAAAUAAGUCGUUGAGAGUGUAAAUAUCUAAAGAAAAAGUAAUAAAAAAUUCCAAAAUAUAAAACUAAAAA